AAAUCAUUAUUUGAUCUUGCUGCCUGUUUUGGCUUCUGUAAUCAGCAGCCGCCCAUUCCCCUCUUAUGCACUGCUGUGGUGGCCGUCAGUUCCAUGUGUUAGGAGGAGGAGCCAACCCAGCAGGGGUCUAAAGAGACACAGCAGUGCAGCCUUUGAACUAAAUAAAACAUGUGGCAGAGUGUUGGUCUGACGUUUUUGGUCUUCGUGGCCACGUUAAUCUGUGUUCUGCUCUUUAUGCUGUGUGGUUGGUACGUUGUGUGGCAUCUCUUCUUGUCUAAGUUUAAGUUCCUCAGAGAACUUAUGUGCGACAGUGGAUCACUUCAAGUAGAUAGUGAGACAUCAGAAUCUAUUGCGGAGUCAGAAUCUCCAUCCACUCCACAAAGAACCAGACCAAAGACAGCACGGCAGAGGAGAGUCCCAGCGGAUGAAACAACUUAAGAUUCCGGUCAUCCAUGGACUUUGUGGGAAUCUAUGACACUAGCAUAUGCACUGUAGGAGGCAACACUAUGACUUUGGAAAUAAAGCAGCGCUUAGAUCACAACGAUCAUCCACCCUCUUUGUUAGAAAUAUGUAUGAAGCUUCAUCAAUGGGUGGAAAUCAUUCAUCGCAUGACCUUAGCCAUGCAGAAGAAACCUACAUUGUAAAGCUGCACCAUUUCUCCUAAUAGUUCAUUGGAUGAACUUGGCUGCUCAAGUGUUAUCUGCUCUGCCCCUACAAAUGCUGGAUUAUAUAGUAUAUCAGAACGGUCAGUUUGUGCCUCCAGUAGUACCCUCUGGGUAACAAAACACCAGCCUAACAUGCCUUGUAAUGAAGUCAUUGAUUUGUUCUGUCGCCAUGAUGUUAUGUAUAGCUUAAUGUGACAGCAUCCUCCACCAUGCCAGUUUACGGUUUCCCUCGCUGCUAUUCCUGCUUUGUUAAUGUAUCAUCUAUCUUGCUGUUUAUUUCAAGCAAGAGCAACACCCUAUAGGAACAUUGUAAAUCAAGGUUAUCAAAGUCUCUACUGCAAGUUACUAGCAUUUUAAAUAUGAAACAAAUCCUGCCAAUAUUUCAUAUGAUACAGCAUACCAUUUUCACCACUGGUCAAACUCAAUGAAGUAGCGUGUUCCUUCUU